CUCUUUUUUCCCUUGACUUAAAUCACACUCGACACUCAAACACGACGAUAAAAACAACGGCAUUUUUAUCCCCACAAUUUUAUCCCCCAGAAAAAUUUACAAAACUAAAAAAUGACCUCCCCCACGACCACUAAUACGCAAAAUUCCAUGACGACGCUGUUCGCCUGUUCCCGUUGCUAUUCGCGACAUCCGUUUGAAGAUUUAUCCGCUGGACAGCAGCUUUGCAAGAGCUGCCGAACAUCGUAUCCUUAUUGUAAAUGCACCUACUGCCGAACGGAAUUCCAACAAACCUCAAAAUCCACGACGCACCCCACGUGCGCGAAAUGCUCGUCUAACGUGAAGACUUAUGGGAAACCGCAAAGUUGUGUUUAUUGCAAUAUUAUCGCGGCUUUCAUCGGGAAUAAGUGUCAGCGGUGUACGAAUUCGGAGAAGAAGUAUGGUUUGCCGGUGGGGUGCGAACAGUGCAAAAUGCAGUGCGCUUUUGACAGGGGGGAGGAGGACAAGAAGGUCGAUGGAAAACUGCUCUGCUGGCUGUGCACCUUGUCGUAUAAGCGCGCUCUGGCAAAGACUAAAUCCAGCGAGAAAAUCAGCGGCGCGAGUGGGGGUGGCGGCGGGAGAAAGCGGAAACACGGCCACACCCACCCAUCAUCAAACCUCUCCUCUUCCACGCACCCCUCUUCAAACCCCACCCACCACUCUACUUCCUCCACCCACCGUGACCACACCCACUCGUCCUCCUCCAACCACCCCUCCCACCAGCACCAUUCCUCCCAAGACAAGCGCCCCCACCGCCCUGACGUCACUAAAUUGUCACAUGACGUUCCUACUUCCUCCUCCUCCCCCCCACCCCAGUUAUCUACAAAAAAAGAGGGGGGUGGGAAACUCAUGAUUUUGAACGAGGAGCACAACUGUUCGGAUCACAUGGUCGCGCUGACUCAGUUAAAAGAACAGAUCGCGGGGCUCAAUCGGCAGGUCGCGCUCAAGGACAAGGAGUUGCUCGCGAAGGAUAGGCAGAUAACCGACCUGAAAGCGAACAACUUCACCACUGAAAACGAACUGCGCUCCAAGCUCAACCAAGCGCAGCGCGACUAUGACGUGAAGGUUCAAAACAUGAGCGCGAAAUUAAAAGCGCUCCAAAAAGAACUCGCCGCGAAGAGUAAACUCGUAAAUAAUAAUAAUAAGAUAAAUGAGCGCGGAGAGCGCGACCGCGACCGAAGCGACCUUCGCGCGACCAAAUCCAGCCUAACCAUCGUUGGUCGCGCGCUGAAAGAAGAGAUAACAAAAAACAGUGAUAGCGACGAUGAAGCGAGCAAGGGGAGUGCCUCCGGCGGGGGGAGUGGUCGAAAAAGUGAUGAAGAUUGAUUUUAUUUUUUGUAUAUGCUAUAUUUUAAAAAGAGAUAAUAAAAAAAUGGUCGUCAUGGUUA